UUUGCAACACUAAAUUCUUAUCUUCCAGUAUUAAGCGGCAUUCCACGUCAGGUUUAAUCAUUGUUUUGAAGGAAAUCAAACAGUUGAAAUGCGCUUGAAAGGCUUUACCCUGUAUCUGGGCCUCCUGCCGCUACUCCUCCAGGUCACCAGUGGCGAAUCCCCCGAGGAGGAGCAGGGCGUACGCUAUGCCAACCGCUGUGAAGCCUGCAAAAUCCUGGCCGCCGAACUGGAGGCGCGUCUCGGGGAGACCGGCAAAUCCCAUGAUGUGAUCGAGAUUGGCUACUCCGUGGAUGAUGUGAAGCCCAAAAAGCGCACUGAAUACCGGCGCAGUGAACUACGACUUUUGGAGUCCCUGGAGAACGUGUGCGAGCGAGUCCUGGAGUACAAUCUGCACAAGGAGCGGACCGACAGUACAAGAUUCGCUAAGGGCAUGUCGCAGACCUUCCAGACCCUACACGGUCUGGUGGACAAGGGCGUCAAAGUGGAUCUGGGCAUACCCUACGAACUGUGGGACAAGCCACCUGUCGAGGUCACCCAGAUGAAGACGCAGUGCGAAAAUAUGCUGGAGGAGUACGAGGAAAGGAUAAGUGAUUGGUAUUUCAAGCUGCAGGAUAAAAAGUCUCUAAAGAAGCAUCUGUGCGAGGAUCAUGUGCUCAAGAGAAAGGAGGAGAGGGAAUGCCUCAAGGAGGAACUGCCACCGCCAAAACCCAAGAAAACGGACAAAAAGAACAAGAAGCCCAAAGGUGAUAAGGAGGAACUGUGAGACCAAAGUGUAAAAGGAUAUUAAAUACUAUUAGAAAGUGUUUCAAGUUAAAUUCUAUUUAAAUUCUUCCAUUUACUAGAAUUUCUUGAAUUGAAAAUAUUUUUGUAUCAGUUUAAGUAAAAGUUUUUUAUACUUUUAACUCCGUUUUCGAAAUGGAAUUAUCUUAGAACAAAUGUUAAUGUUAAGCUAGUUUAAGUAAAACUCACUCAAAGUUUAUAUCCUGUAAGCCAAAAACCUUCCUCUACGACUGAGCCACAAAAUGUUACUGAAUGUCUCACCUGGGGCCAUUGGCUGGGCUUAUUGAUUUCGGCCAUGAAUUGGGGUCAACAAUUAAAAGUUGACUGCCCUCGGGGGUAUACUCAACCGAAACCACCACCAUAAGCCCAAAAGCCACGUGUUUGCCUUAACAAAGCCAACUAUAUAAAUAAUAAAUACUCAAAAUGUUUCAAAAAAUAAGUAUAAUAAAGAUUACGAGUCUUUUUUAUGGCUUUCUAA